AUGGCUGCAGUCGACUCCACCGUGCCAGAGGCUGCCCCUCAGCAGGCGAAGCAAGACAUCAACCCAUGGUCCGUGUCGGGCGAGGUGGGCGAGGACGGCAAGGUCAAGGCGAUUGACUACCGCAAGCUCAUCGACGAGUUUGGCACAUCUCAGAUCGAUGAUGCGCUGCUGGCGCGCUUUGAGAAGGUGACAGGCCAGAAGCCGCACCGUUUUAUGCGCCGUGGCAUCUUUUUCAGCCACCGUGACAUGCACGCCAUUCUGGACCGAUACGAGAAGAAUGAACCAUUCUUCAUUUACACUGGUCGUGGCCCAAGCAGCGACAGUAUGCACAUCGGUCACACUCAAGUGUUUGACUUUGUCAAGUGGCUGCAGGAUGUCUUUGACGCGCCCUUGAUUGUUAUGUUGACUGAUGAUGAAAAGUAUCUGUUCUCGGAAAAGAGAACCGUCGAUGAAGUCAUUGGCUACUCGAAGCAAAACUGCAAGGACAUUAUCGCCGCUGGCUUUGAUAUGAAGAAGACGUUUAUUUUCUCCGACUUUGAAUACGUCGGGGGUGCCUUUUACAAGAAUAUUGUCCGCUUUGCCAAGCGCGUCAACUUCAACACAGCCAAGGCGGUAUUCGGCUUCGAUGGAAGCUCCAACAUUGGCAAGAUUCACUUUGCCAGUAUCCAGGGUGCUACCGCAUUUGCUGGCUCAUUCCCGCACAUCUUUGGCACGGACGAGGCCGCGACGGCCAAGAUUCCGUGCCUUAUCCCGUGCGCCAUCGAUCAGGACCCCUACUUCCGGCUGACCCGUGACUGUGCUGCCGGCCUCAAGUAUGCCAAGCCGUCGCUCAUUCACAUGCGCUUCCUCGACGCCUUGCAGGGACCCGGCUCCAAGAUGUCGGCCAGUGACGACACUUCAGCCAUUUUCCUGAGCGACUCGGCCAAGGCCAUCAAGACCAAGAUCAACAGAUAUGCCUUCUCAGGCGGCCGAGAGACAUUGGAGGAACAAAGGGAACUGGGCGGCAACGCGGACGUUGACGUCUCUUACCAAUACCUGCAAUUCUUCAUGGAAGAUGAUGCGGAAUUAAAGAGAAUCAAGGACGAAUAUACCAGUGGCAAGAUGCUGACCGCAGAGCUCAAAGCCAUUUGCAUUGAUUAUGUGCAGAAAUACGUCGCCGAGUUCCAGGAGCGCCGUGCCAAGGCAACCGACGAGGUGGUCGCGCAGUUCAUGGCGGUGCGGCCGCUCGAGUGGCAAGGCAACCCCAAGGUGCCUCGCGCCGACCUGGUUGUGCCUGUUGUGGCAGCAGGUACCGAGGGAGUCGCCGCGGAAGGCGACGGCAAGUUGACCAAGAACCAGAUGAAGAAGCUCCUCAAGGAGCAGCAGAUUGCGGCGAAGAAGGCGGAAAAGGAGGCGGCCAAGGCAAAAGCGGCAGCGGGUGGUACGGCCUACGACCUGGAGAAUUCCCCGCACGAGCCCAAGCUUUCUUCUCUUUCCAUCAUCACUCUUGUCACCUUUGCCGGCAGUCCAUCCCGCUGGCAAUUCAUCCCUCAAUCCAUCCAUAACAUCUCCCCGGACAGCGUCGUCACCACCAUGCGUUUGUCCACCUCGGUCGUGCUCGGAGCCGCGGCCACCGCGGUCGCUGGCGACCAAAAGAUCCUCAACAAAGGCGACCACCACCACUCGCCCCUGAACGUCGGUGGCAGCGGUGCCGGCUCGCGCACCGGCUUCGACUGGUCCGUCGACUUCGAGUCUUGGGCCAAGCCGCUGAAGGUGCUCUACGGUGACAUCACCUCCGAGGCCAAGGCCACCUGGGACGAGGUCUCUCAGCUGGCGCCCGAGGUCGUCGAGACGUUCAGGCAGAGCAUCGCCGCGGCCGCGCACCCCAAGAAGAUUCACAACCGCCCCGAAUCCCACUGGGACCACAUCAUCCGCGGCUCUGACGUGCAGUCGCUGUGGGUCAAGGGUGACGACGGCGAGGACCGCCGCAAGCUCGGCGGCAAGCUCGACAACUACGACGUGCGCGUGCGCAAGGUCGACCCAUCCAAGGUCGGCGUUGACACCGUCAAGCAGUACUCGGGCUACCUGGACGACAAUGAAAAGGACAAGCACCUGUUCUACUGGUUCUUCGAGUCGCGCAACGACCCGGCCAAUGACCCUGUCAUCCUUUGGCUGAACGGCGGCCCCGGCUGCUCGUCGAUGCUCGGCCUCUUCAUGGAGCUCGGCCCGGCGUCGAUUGAUAGCAAGGGCAAGGUGGUCCAGAACCCCAGCUCGUGGAACAGCAACGCGUCCGUCAUCUUCAUCGACCAGCCCGUCAACGUCGGCUACUCGUACGGUAGCGGCACCGUGUCCAACACGGCGGCGGCGGCCAAGGACAUCUACGCGCUCCUGACCCUUUUCUUCCACCAGUUCCCCGAGUACGCCAAGCAGGACUUCCACAUCGCCGGCGAGUCGUACGGCGGCCACUACGUGCCCAUCAUGGCGCACGAGAUCCUCUCGCACAAGGACCGUAACAUCAACCUCAAGUCGGCGCUCAUCGGCAACGGCCUCACCGACGGCUACACCCAGUACGAGUACUACCGCCCCAUGGGCUGCGGUGACGGCGGCUACCCGGCCGUCCUCGACGAGUCCCAGUGCCAGUCCAUGGACAACGCCCUCCCGCGCUGCCAGUCGCUCAUCCAGUCGUGCUACAACAGCGAGAGCGUCUGGAGCUGCGUCCCCGCCAUCCUCUACUGCAACUCCCAGUUCAUCGGCCCCUACCAGCAGACGGGCCAGAACCCGUACGACGUCCGCGAGAAGUGCAAGGGCGGCAACCUCUGCUACGACGAGAUGACCUGGAUCACCGACUUCCUCAACCGCGGCGACGUCCAGGAGGCCCUCGGCGUCGAGCCCACCACCUUUGACAGCUGUAACUUCGACAUCAAUCGCAGCUUCAUGUUCCAGGGCGACUGGAUGCUGCCCAUCGUCAACGUCGUCCCCGGCCUGCUCGAGAAGAUCCCCGUCCUCGUCUACGCCGGCGACGCCGACUUCAUCUGCAACUGGCUCGGCAACCGCGCCUGGACCGACCGCCUCGAGUGGGCCGGCCAGGAGGCCUACAGCAAGGCCAAGGACGAGGACCUGAAGCUGGCCGGCGCCAAGAAGCCCUACGGCAAGGUCAAGUCGGCCAAGGGCUUGACGUUUAUGCAGAUCUUUGAGGCUGGCCACAUGGUGCCGUACGACCAGCCCGAGGCGUCGGUUGAUUUCCUCAACCGCUGGAUCGCGGGUGAGUGGGCCAAAUAG